AUGGCAACUGAUGAAGAUAUUAUUUCUAAGCAAUCUCAAAUUCAUUCAUUCAAUGACACGACAUCAUUAGUUGACAAAAACAUAAAUGAUUCACUGGAAAAAGCCUCAUUUGGCCGGAGACAUUUGAGACGACGAUCAUCGUUGUUUUUCAAAAAUACAGAAGCAAAUGAUAUUGUUCCUGAUGAUGUAUCAAAAUUUGACUGUCACAGCAAUGACAACGAGAAAACGCUUGAAGAGGAAAUAGUCAAAUCGCAGAGCAAGCGACGUUCGUCAGUGCAUUUGCGAAAAUCAAUUUGCCGAGCAAGAUCAAAAACUUUGAUAACUUACGAAUCUCCACCGGUAUCAUUGAAGCCUAUUUUACGAAGUGCUGCUCACAAAGCAGCUCGACGUAUAACAAUGAGAGCAAAAGGAUGGAAUAAGCAUAAACAUGUGCGCUUCCAUUCCGUCUUGAGUAUUCAUGACAUCACUCCACGUUCUGGGAAGAUACCUGGAGUUGUGAAAAUGCCAGACUCCCCACCAAUUGUAAAAGAUUCUGCACAAAAAAAGAAAACUGCUAGUGAUAGUAUGCAAUGUGACAUGCCCGUUACCCAACCUGCUGUCUUGCAGGAUACCACUACCAAUAUUUCCCAAAAUGAGGCAGUCAGAUUUUUACCUGCCGUAUCCGAAACUUUCCAAUGUCAUUCAGAAAUGGAGAAGGCUGUUGAAGAAUGUCCGGAAACGAAAAAUGAUGAAAGCAGUAGUGGACCAAUUGACAUCAUUGACAGUGAUAUACAUCUGUCACCUUUAUUUUUUGGCAUAUUUUUCAAAGAUGAUCAUGAGUCGCAACCGAAAGAGAAAGAAGUCGACAAUUGUAUAAGUGCCAAAGAAGAAGUUGAUCAUUCCGAAUCGAAUAUAUCGGAAGUAAGAACCACAAUGAAAAGAACCAAGCGACAUAUGGAAGAAACAGCGGUCAUGUGGGUGCGUGGAGAUCGAUUGCGCAGCCUUUCUGUCAUGAAGGAAAAGGAUAUAAAUGAAAAUAAAGAAAAUACGAAUUUAAAUAUGGCAUACGAUAAAGAAACUGAUAGUGUUCAACAGUGUAAUAAAGCAUGUAUUGGUGUAGAACACUCAUCUUUAUUGGUUGUCCCUCGCACAGGACCAAAAGCAAAGGUUAAAAAGUGGUUGCAAGAGAUACCGAACCAAUGGGAUCAUUUAGUUGAUAGAGAAGAUCCACUUGUUUGGGAUCAACAACAAGAGAUGGCUGGUGAAAGUACAGUGCAGCGCGACAUUGUGUUGGUUGGAAAACAAUCAUCACGUAGGAGAAGUUUUGCAGGAUUAUCGAGUAGCAAUUUAAAUAAAAAAAAGCAGGAGAAGGAAAAUAAAUGUCGUCGUAAGUCAAUGUUAUUGCAGAAAGCAGUUAAUGAAUUGCCGGCUUCGAACCGUCGUCAAACAAUUAUUGUAGGAGAAAUGAGUGGAAGUUUGUGCGAGGAAACCAGUGCUUGUCCAAUCUUUACGGGUGUGGAAAAUCCUUGUGGAUCUCAAUGUUCUACCUCAGCAACAUUUUGCAGCCAAAAUAAUGAUGAGAUGGAUGAUGAUGUGAUACUCCUUAACGAUCAGAAAUUGAACAGUACUUCUCGGAAAUCGCUGACUUUCUUCAAGAAAAAAGUAUGUGUAGGAAAUACCAGGCAGACGGUAACGAAUAAAUCAGAUGCAGCUAUGAAUAUCUCCCCAGUGUGUAGUGGCCGACUUACCGAUGCGGUAACGAAUUGCAUCCCAAAACAUGAGAAGAAAAGAGUUCUAAUGGAUGAGGUGGAUUUUGCACCUUUUCCGAGCAUUUCGAACGUUGGAUAUGCUGAGAUUUCACCUGUUUACUAUGAUUUGCCAUGUGGACUUCGUGGAUAUCAGAUUUCUGAGAUGAUUUCAUGCAAUAAUAAUAUGUUUCAAAUGCCGUUCCGGAGAAAGAACUUUGAUGAAAACAGGGAAUUGAAACAGAAAGUUGCAGUCGUUGAUUCACGCAUCUUGUUGAAAUCGAAAAGUUCGAGAAAGAAGUGGUCAAAACAUGAAAGAUGGAAAUCGCUCACUGAAGAAUUGCAGCAAAACAUUUGGAGUGAGGCAUUGAGGCCAGUGGAAACUGGUGAAUUAAUUAUUGACGGUCCUACUGUUCGUAAACUGUGUGACUGGAUUAAUAUAUGGAAAGAACGAUUGCAGAAAAGCAGGAACCAUAAGAAAGAUGUAAAAGUAACCAAUCGACGUGAAAGGUCUGAUUCGGAUUCCUUCGAUUCUUUUGGUUCUGAUGAAGAAAGAGAGCAGUUGUGUAAUACUGCUAUUAUAUAUGGUCACUGUGGUAGUGGAAAAACAUCACUAGUUUAUGCAGCCUCGAAGCGUUAUGAAAUGCGUGUGUUAGAAAUUGCUUCUAAUGAAAAGAGAAAUGGCUUGCAACUGAAGUGUAAGUUGCAAGGAGCUACACAUUCUCACAAGUUUUCAAUGCCUACAAUGGUAAACCAGAUGUUUUUCCGAGAUGGCAAGAAUGAAGGAGAGAUAGCUGAAGAUUCUAUUAUUUUAGUUGACGAUUGCGAUGUAAUAUACGAUAAGCACGACGAGGGAUUCUGGCCGGCACUAAGAGCUUUGUGCAAGGUAGCUCAUACUCCAGUUAUCAUUGUUUGUGAAGAUAUUUCUUUUGUUCGCAAACAACUAGGAUUUGAAGUUCCCGUUCUCAUAUUUUCUUUAAUUAGACCAGAAGUACAAGCUGUUUCUUUGCAUCUGCAGAAACUCUGUGCUGCUUUAAAUAUCAGCGUAUGUUCCGAUGUCUGCAGUGCCCUGGCUAAGCAGUAUAACGGUGACUUACGAGCAUGUAUCAAUCAGCUUCAGUUUUAUGCUGGAGAAGACAGCAAUAAUUCUUUAGGAAUGCUGAUGGAACAGUUAAAGAGUGAGGAGCAAAUAGAAUUUGAAGCAUUGCCCAAAAAAUGUCAUUCCAUUUCGUACAAUGUCAUAUUACGCUGUGACCAUUCGUAUGAACCAGGAACAGUUCUUUCGUCAACGGAUCGAGAGGAGGAGGAUUUACACCCUGUGGAAAAGAAUGACAUGCAUAUUGCAGUGAAAGUUACUCGUUCUGUACUACCUGCAAUUGAGUAUUUCCCAUUGUCCGACGUAAUCCUUGAUUACUUACCAUAUCUAUGCAUUAUGAACAGAGCAUCAUCUCGUGCCAAAAUGUCUGCUUCUCGUCGCGCUCAACAUUAUUUUGAUGAAUUACACGGUGAUUUACAAAUAGAUUCCAGCGACGUCAGAAUGUCGCGAGGAAGCAGUGCAGGAUUCGAUCGUCAUAUUACAAUUUUCUCUCCUGAAGGACGAGUGUACCAAGUUGAAUAUGCUUUCAAGGCGAUAAACUCAACGAAUUUGACUGCUGUUGGUGUGAAAGGUGUUAACUGUGCUGUUGUGGCUGUACAGAAACGUGUACCUGAUAAGUUGAUUGUGACUGAUUCUGUGACAAGUUUAUAUCAAUUGACACCAACUGUUGGCUGUGCAAUGGUCGGCAUGAUACCGGAUAGUAAAUUCCAAGUUAAACGGGCUCAAAUAGAGGCGGCUGAAUGGAAAUACAAGAAUGGUUACAACAUGUCCGUGGAGCAACUUAGCAGAAGGAUGGCUGAUCUCAAUCAGUAUUACACUCAGAAUGCAGAGCUACGUUCAUUGGGUUGCGUUAUGCUACUUAUCUCAUAUGAUGAUGAGGAGGGACCUCAGAUAUUUCGCGUAGAUCCAGCUGGUUAUUAUCGAGGAAUGCGUGGUGUUGGUGUUGGUGUAAAACAACAACCUGCAAAUAGUUUUUUGGAGAAAAAGCUGAAGAAAAAGACUGAUUAUGAUUACGAUGGUACAGUACAGUUGGCCCUUGAAUGCUUGCAAUCAUCCUUGGGCGUUGAUUUGAAAGCAUCAGAAGUUGAGGUCGCAGUUGUUACGAACGAGAACAGAAAAUUCAGGAAGCUAUCAAAUACGGAAGUUGAUCACCAUUUGAACGCUAUCGCUGAAAGAGACUGA